UGAUGACAACCACUGACAAAACAUACCAACUCCUACACAGCCCCACCUGAGAGUGCACCGAAACACUGAACACCUCCCCCAGUGAGCUCAGCUACGAUGACUCCCUCGAAACACUGGAUAUUAAACAACUGGAUAUUUUUAUUCAUUCUGAUACAUCAAGAGCACUGCAUGCUUCCAGCUCCCCAAAACGUCACCAUUGUCUCCUAUAAUUUGGAACACAAGCUCACUUGGACCCCUGGCCCUGGGACACCUGCCUCUGCACACUUCAGGGUGCAGAAAUAUUCUAUAAAGAAAAAACUCUGGAAGCUGGUUCUAAAGUGUUCAGACCUGAGAACUGGCGAGUCAUGUGACUUAACAAACUCUUUUAAGGACAUUACCUGUCACUACUUGGCCCGAGUACAAGCCUUUAGUUCAGACCAGCAAUCCAACUGGACCAGUUCAGAACUGUUUUUCCCCCUGGGGCACACGACUCUACAGGCACCAGAGGUGGUGCUCACAGGCUGUGGAAACUGCCUGCUCCUGCAGCUCAGCCCUCCGGCCAGCAGGGGGCUCCACCCCAGGCAGCUGAAAUACCUUUUCCGUGAAUUCCGUAUUAAUGUGACCAGGACUAGAGAUAAGGCACAGUUUGUUUUAAGGGUGUCUUCCGGAGAGAGUCGAAUUGAUUAUCUUGAGAGAGGUGUUGAAUACUGCAUUACAGUCGUUCCGGUAACCAGCCUGACUAACCCUGUAGUUCCCUCUGGACCUCACUGUGCAUUUACAAGUCCACCACCAGUCAGCACAGUGGCUGUGUUUCUAACUGCACUCUGCAUACUCUUCCUCUUGGUGGUGCUGUUCUGUGCAGCCCUGGUGCACAGUGGGCAGCUUGGUUGUCUUCACAAGGUCUUACUAAGAGCUUUGGCUCUCAACUGGUGAAGAUGGUACCUGGCCCCUGAGCAUUGCUGAGCACAGCCCAGACCACAUUCUGCAGGCCUGGUUCUCCCAGUGUCCAGAGUACAAAGGCGAUGGCUAGACAUGUAGAAACACAGUCGGACUGAUGAAAGUUUGUAUGGCUGAUGCAGGUGUAGUUUAAGAAUUUGAGUUUCAGGUUCAGUUUAAGGUAUACUUUUCCAAAACCUGAAUAUUAACUUCCUUCUAGUGUUAACCUUUGGGGUGUACUGUGUAUUACUGUGUCAUUAGAAUCUCUGUUUCUGGUUCCUGUUAAUGAUUAGAGCUAAUUAAUUGAUUGUGUUCUGUUGAAAAUGAAAAAAUAAAAUAAAAUAGGAAAUGCUGAAGCUGUUGUAUAAGGAAUGUUGCUCUAUGUAUUAUUUGCCUUGGACUGAAUACCAUACUGUUUCUUUUACAUUAUUAUAUGUGAUCUCAUUAUUUAGAAUUUAAUCUGAGCACUAACUAACUUUGUGAGAACAUUUUUUAUUAGUUGAUAUGAAUAUAAGCAAAAAUCAACACAAAAUGUACACAAUGUUCUGUAUAUGCCCCAACAAGCAACAUAUGUACAAAAUAAAGAUUAACUGCAUUAAAAUA